CUCAAGGUUUGCAUGCUGGCGCGCGUGGGUAAAACACUUGCAGUUCGCAUGUCAGCUGUGGCAAGAAACUUAAUUAAACCUCGACUAUGCCGUGAUAGUACUCGAAUUGUUUUCGUUUUUUGUCACACGUUUUUAAACAAGUGGUAUUUCCUCUAGGAUUUCCUAUUUGUAUUCUUCUUUCAGUAUGGUCUUAAACGCAAAAACAUGGAAUGUAUAUCUGUGUGGAAACUAACGUGGGGUUUAAAUCUCACGGCUGUUUUGCUUUCCAUCGUUCGGGAGUGCUGCCUACAGGAUACUGCAGCAAGUCUUUGAAAGGAUAUUUGCCCUUAAAAUAUACUUUACUAUUGAGUUUCUUUUUUCAGUCAGUUUUGGAGGACAGAAUACACAUUUUUACUACAGUUUUGGCGAGAUAAUACAUUGCUGAAAAUGGAGACUGUCAUUGAAAGAGAAUGCAGUGCGCUCGGAGGACUUUUUCAAACAGUGAUAGGCGACAUGAAGAGCAGUUACCCAGUGUGGGAUGACUUCAUCAGCAAGGCCGGGAAGCUACAAUCACAGCUCAGGACGACAGUUGUCGCGGUAGCCGCCUUCCUGGACGCCUUUCAGAAAGUGGCUGAUCUGGCAACCGGCAGCAGAGGUGGCACCAGAGACAUCGGUUCAGCCCUCACCAGGAUGUGUAUGAGGCACCGGAGCAUCGAGGCCAAGCUCAGGCAGUUUUCCAUGGUUUUCAUCGACUGCCUGAUUAACCCUCUGCAAGACCAGAUGGAGGAGUGGAAGAGAGUGGCCAACACGCUGGACAAGGACCACGCCAAAGAGUACAAGAAAGCCCGUCAGGAGAUCAAAAAGAAAUCCUCCGACACUCUCAAGCUGCAGAAGAAGGCUAAGAAAGGCCGGGGGGACAUCCAGCCCCAGCUGGACAAUGCCAUGCAGGACAUCAGUGAUAAGUACCUGCUUCUGGAGGAGACAGAGAAGCAGGCAGUCAGGAAGGCCCUGGUGGAGGAGCGGAGCCGCUUCUGCACCUUAGUCUCCAUGCUGAGGCCCGUCGUGGAAGAGGAGAUGUCCAUGUUGGGGGAGAUCACUCACCUGCAGACCCUCACUGACGACCUGAAGGCUCUGACCAUGGACCCCCACAAGCUGCCCCCCGCCAGCGAGCAGGUCAUUCUGGACCUGAAGGGAUCUGAGAGCAGCUGGUCCUACCAGACCCCUCCUUCCUCCCCCAGCACCACAGCAUCCAGGAAGUCCAGCAUGUGCAGUAGUCUGAACAGCGUCAACAGCAGCGACUCUCGCUCCAGCGGCUCUCACUGCCACUCCCCCACCUCCCACUACCGCUACCGGAGCUCCGCCCUCCCUCAGCAAGGCCCCGCCCGCCUUUCUAGUGUCUCUUCCCACGACUCCGGCUUCAUUUCCCAGGAUGCCUACCAGUCCAAGUCGCCCUCGCCCAUGCCCCCUGACACCCACCCACAGACCUCUACCUCUUCAUCCUCGGCCAUCUCUGAGACUUGCCAGCCUGUCAGUGAGGGCAGCUCCUCCUCGUCCUCCUCUUCCUCACCUGCCUCCUCUAAGGAGACCUGCUCCAGCACUAGGGUGGAACAGGACUGGGCCAAGCCAGGGCCCUACGACCAGCCCAUGGUGAACACCUUGAGGAGGACCAAGGAGAAGAGGGAGACUCCAGAUCCCAGCAGCCCCCAGGCCACCACACCAGGGGAUGAGCCCCAGAGAGCCAGGGGCACCAAUGCAGUUAUACAACGGGAGGAGGCGGAGGUCCAUGAGGAGCUGGCCCUGGCUCUGGCCCGCGGGUUGCAGCUGGAUAUCCAGCGCUCCAGCAGGGACUCCCUGCAGUGCUCCAGUGGCUACAGCACCCAGAACACCACACCCUGCUGCUCUGAGGACACCAUCCCCUCACAAGUGUCCGACUACGACUACUUCUCCGUGAGUGGUGACCAGGAGACAGACCAGCCCGACUUCGACAAGUCCUCCACCAUCCCCCGCAACAGUGACAUCAGCCAGUCCUACCGCCGCAUGUUCCAUGCCAAGCGGCCGGCCUCCACAGCGGGCAUCCCCACCACGGCCCCCUCCCCCGCCAGCAUUGUCACCCCCGGGGUGGCCACCAUCCGCCGCACGCCCUCCUCCAAGCCCAACCUGCGCCGGCCCUCCGGAAGCUUGGGUCUGGGCCCCAUCCCUGUCAAGCCCCCCAUGAUCCCCGUCAAGACGCCCACUGUGCCCGAGCACCCCGGGGUGUUCUUCAGAGGAGAGAGUGAGGGAGGGGGACCACUGAGCCCCCGGAGCCCACUCUCUUCAGCGGGUGACAACGGGUUGUUGGUGUCUCCCAAGGCAACUUGGGACACUCAGGCCCCCUCCGAUCCUCCCACUUCCCCACCUCAGUCUGGUAGUAGGCUGUCGGAGUGGGACCGCGAGGCCCUGCCAGAGGUUCAGGAGGAGGAGCCCGGGUGCGGCGAGGGGGAAGACGUGCUCUUGGCCAUACGGCGAGGGGUCAAGCUGAAGAAGACGGCAUCCAAUGACCGGUCGGCGCCGCGAAUAGUGUGAGAUGCUUCGCUUUGUGUGCAAUGUCCACUGCCCCUCAAUGUAGCAGAUUGAAUCACAUACAGUAUCUGCGUCUUCACCCAUAGGUUUAAGAAAAGUGUGGGAGUCUCGAUGCGGGAAAGUUGGGGAGGAGGGAAACGGAGCGACAACUGCUUUGACUAUUUUCAAAUGACGGAAAAUAUAUAAUCUUUUAUUUGUAUGUACAUAUUUAUAUUUUGAUGCGUUUGUAUGUUUCGUGUUCAAUGCUCCUCUUCGUACUUUCACGUUUUACCCGUCCAUGAAAGGUGCCAAAAGACUUAGAUCUGAGUUAACUUAAAUGACUUUAUUUUACUGAAUACGAUUCAUCUUUUCUGUGAAUCCACAGCAACAAAACAAAAAAAAGAUUGGAGGGAGAAAGAUAUAGAAGGUAAGACUGUGUGGAGAAGAGGGGUACAUAGGGAAAUAACCACAAAGGAGAGCAACAUUUUACUUUCCUGUAAUAGCCAGUGUUUUAUCAAUUUUUUUCUUUUGCCAUUGAGAAAUAAAUCCAAUUGCAUGUUCUACCCCAAAUAAUUGCAACCCUAAUAAACUAGACCGCCAGAAGAUUCAGAGCGAGAAUAAAUACAACCCACUGUCAAUAGGAAGCUUCUUGGUCAGCAAAUAAGGACGCAAAGACUUGCCACACUAACAAUUCUUAACAAUCGAAGGAGUGGUUGUCAAUGGGUGUCACAUCAUUUGUCAAUAGUAAAAUAUGUUGCAAAGGGGUUCUACCUUGAAUGCAACUCUGGUGUCAGUGGAAGCACUCAUUGAUUGGUGGCUAUAGGAUAGGCUUAUUUACUUUCCUGUUUUUCUCUAGAAUUAGAGCCCGAGAGUUUCCAUUACGCUUGAGACUGAUCAUUUAUUUCAAUGCAAGUGAUGCUGUGCUAAAUGGCAUACAAAGGAUUCAUACGCAAAUAUAACUGGAAAACGUAACAAGUGCUUGUCCUGCUGUGAAAAUACUAGUAGACUCUGUGAAAGAUAGUGGUGAUCACUGGCAACUAGAAGUCAUUCGAAAACAUGGAAAACAAACUAAUAGUAUUAGAAUAUGUAAAGAAAAAAAUAUUAAAAAGUGAAAGGUAACAGUAGAGUUUGUUAGCUUGUGUUAAGCACCGUGAACUGAAGACAGAAUUCACUAUUGCAACUACCUAAAGUAUUUCACAAAAUAACAUGGCCUAAUAUGUGUAGAUAUUCUAAACAUUGUCAUAUCUUCCACUAUAAUUUUUCAUGAACGCCAUACCUUAGUUUGUGGUGUUGUAGACCAGCUUCACUGUCAAACACACAGCCCGUUAAAUGAGAUCGAGUAAUGCAUGUUUUUUAUUAUUUUUUACUCAAACGUGUUGAAGCUCAUUUUUAUACUGAACCUAUUUAUCACAAUACAUUUCCCCCAUUUGAGAGCAGUUUGACUUUCUGCAUAGUGACUGCAGCCGGAUUCUUUUUCCAUUCAAGACAGGUAAGGCAGGGGAACUAAAAGUGUGGCCGAUGCAACGACAUGCAUAUGAAGCUGAAAAUCCUGUAUGGCUCACAACUCAAUUAUUCUAUACAAAUGGUCUGAUAUUGUCCAUGUAAAACUUAGCUGUAAUAUACUGUAGUAUUUUUUUCGAAAGUACAUCCGUUGGUGUAAAGAUACGUUGCUAAAUCUAAUGUAUGCUAAAUGGUUAGAAGUAAUCAAAGUUAAACUCACACCUUGCAAAUACGAGUUUUUGUCCCAAUAGUCUGCAAUAGUUUCCUUCUCUCAUUUCCUUUUCUUCAUGGUCAGAUUCAAGAGGACUUAGCCUACUUAUAUGUGACAGGUAAAAGUAAUAUGAUGUAAACAUAAUGUUAAUCUAAUGUGUUAAUCUUGAAGUUCACGGACAUGAGGGAAAAGAGGCAAGGAAAUGAAGGAGCACUGGGACGCAGAUUGUGGUCUAGAUUGACACACACUAGUACUUUAGCCUUGUGAGUCAGUUGCUGAUGACCUAGAGACAUGUUUUGGACAGAGUUUACCUCUUUCUGUACCACUGACGUUGUCGAAGAUAAUUAUUGUUCAGUUCCGGAAUUCUGUCUCCUAUUUUCUAUGUAACAGUUGUUUCAGCUAAAAAUAAAGAUGUAGCAGAAUGUGCGUCUGUUGAAAAAA